AUGACAAAUUAUGCCUUAAGUAUUCUAUAAAUAGAAAUGGUAUUUAUCAGAACGACAACAUUAGGUAAUCAGAAUUAAACAAAAUUAUUUCUCCUUAAAAACAGCUUGAGUCUUAAUAGAAAGUAAUAUUAAUAAACAAUGUAAAUUUUCGUAAAGACACUCACAGGAAAGACAAUCACUCUUGAUGUUGAACCAUCUGAUACAAUUGAUGCUGUCAAGGCUAAAAUUUAAGACAAGGAAGGAAUCCCACCCGAUUAACAAAGACUUAUCUUCGCUGGUAAAUAAUUGGAAGACGGAAGAACACUUUCAGACUAUAACAUUUAAAAGGAAUCAACCCUUCACUUAGUCUUGAGAUUGAGAGGAGGAAUGUAAAUCUUCGUCAAGACACUUACAGGAAAGACAAUCACUCUUGAUGUUGAACCAUCUGAUACAAUUGAUGCUGUUAAGGCUAAAAUCUAAGACAAGGAAGGAAUCCCACCCGAUUAACAAAGACUUAUCUUCGCUGGAAAGUAAUUAGAAGACGGAAGAACACUUUCAGACUAUAACAUUUAAAAGGAAUCAACCCUUCACUUAGUCUUGAGAUUGAGAGGAGGAAUGUAAAUCUUCGUCAAGACACUUACAGGAAAGACAAUCACUCUUGAUGUUGAACCAUCUGAUACAAUUGAUGCUGUUAAGGCUAAAAUCUAAGACAAGGAAGGAAUCCCACCCGAUUAACAAAGACUUAUCUUCGCUGGAAAGUAAUUAGAAGACGGAAGAACACUUUCAGACUAUAACAUUUAAAAGGAAUCAACCCUUCACUUAGUCUUGAGAUUGAGAGGAGGAAUGUAAAUCUUCGUCAAGACACUUACAGGAAAGACAAUCACUCUUGAUGUUGAACCAUCUGAUACAAUUGAUGCUGUUAAGGCUAAAAUCUAAGACAAGGAAGGAAUCCCACCCGAUUAACAAAGACUUAUCUUCGCUGGAAAGUAAUUAGAAGACGGAAGAACACUUUCAGACUAUAACAUUUAAAAGGAAUCAACCCUUCACUUAGUCUUGAGAUUGAGAGGAGGAAUGUAAAUCUUCGUCAAGACACUUACAGGAAAGACAAUCACUCUUGAUGUUGAACCAUCUGAUACAAUUGAUGCUGUUAAGGCUAAAAUCUAAGACAAGGAAGGAAUCCCACCCGAUUAACAAAGACUUAUCUUCGCUGGAAAGUAAUUAGAAGACGGAAGAACACUUUCAGACUAUAACAUUUAAAAGGAAUCAACUCUUCACUUGGUCUUGAGAUUGAGAGGAGGAAUGUAAAUCUUCGUCAAGACACUCACAGGAAAGACCAUCACUCUUGAUGUUGAACCAUCUGACACAAUUGAUGCUGUCAAGGCUAAAAUCCAAGAUAAGGAGGGAAUCCCACCCGAUUAACAAAGACUUAUCUUCGCUGGUAAAUAAUUGGAAGACGGAAGAACACUUUCAGACUAUAACAUUCAAAAGGAAUCCACACUUCACUUAGUUUUAAGAUUGAGAGGAGGCUAAUGAUUUAAACUAUCCAUAUGUUAUAUUAAUUCAUAAUUAUUCAAAAAAAAAAAA